AUGGCGGUCACUGGCAACGACAAUGACAAUGACAUCAUCUAUAUUCAUGGUGGUGACCUUGAUUUGAAAAUCAUCAAGGCGCGGCAGUUGACGAACAUGGACAUCUUCUCGGAGCAUCUUCGUCGCUGCGUAACAUGUGACACUAUCAAAUUCCACUUUGACGACGUCUCCGCCCACAGUGGAAGCCAGCGGACGCGCCACAAUAGGAGGAUCAUCACGAGCGGCCCGUACGUGAUGGACCCUGAGUGGAAAGAGCAGUUCCACAUCCCACUCGCGCAUCUAGUUGUGGAUUUGGAGUUUCGAGUGAAGGACGACGACGUUUUUGGCGCGCAGACGAUGGGAACUGUGAAGAUUCUGGCGUGGUUGAUUGCUACUGGCCAGUUAAUUUUCGACUGGUUUCCUAUCAUUGGACCAUCCGGGAAGCCGGCGAAGCGAGACACAACGUUGCACGUGUAG